AUGAUGUACGAGACAACGACGGCCACGUCAACAGGAGAGGCUGUAGCUUCAUCGCUACGAGUCGGCAACGUCGACGGGCGCACGUUCAUCGGGGUUCCCGGGGAGCGUAUCGAACCGGAAGAGGUCGAGGGAUGGAAGGUCUCUGGCAAGCGAAUCAAGGAGAUCACGAACGGCACAGAAGGCCGUGAGUUCGCUGCAACCAACCGGUCGUCCAGGCCCAGAACUAGGGCCAAAUACGCCAAGAAAGUCGCAUCGGCAAUCACGAAAGGGGCACGGAUGCCAGUAAGCAUGCCGAAGGAGGAUAUCAAGAUAGUGGUCAGGCCAUGUGGCGGCCUCAAUAUAGCAAAGAUGGGAGGCCCGGCUGCCAUGGCGGCGGUCACAAGGGCGGCGAAGGUCACAAGGGAGGAGGCUGGCGAGGAUACCGUCGGCAUGAAUACGCAGCAGAACAUUAUAGUGAUUAGCACCCCAGACGAGCGGCGAGCUACGAGAUACGCUAAAAUGACGUCCAUUAGCGAGGGAGGCAAGACGUAUGAUGUCAGCGCCUAUAGAACGGCACCUGACGGAACAGUCAAGGGAGUCAUUCGAGGCAUAAACAUAGAAGAGACGGCGGAGGAUAUCACGGAAAACAUAGUGAAUACGAACAACCCCACGGCAGUGGAGGCGCAUAGAAUCGGAGAGACGACCGCGGUCGUAGUACUCUUCGCGGGGCAGAAGGUACCGCAUUACAUCAAGUACGGCAUAGUUUUGAUCAAGUGUGGAUUAUAUCGCAAGCAUUUCGAUGUUUGCAAGACGUGCGGUAAACUGGGACAUAGACGAGACGUGUGCCCGAAUCCCGGAAACAAGUCCUGCUUCGGCUGCGGCAUGGCGAACCCGGAGGAAGGGCACGAGCUGAAAUGUCAACCGCAAUGCAAGCUAUGCGGGGGCCCACAUCCAACAGGGGAGAGGGGCUGUAAAAACAAAUACAAGAUGCCAUACAUAGUUAAGCGACGCCAAUGGGAGCGCAAAACGGAGGCCGCGGAGCAGCAAGUGGUAGCCGCAGACUUUCCAUCGUUUAGGUCGCGCUCCAUCGAGAAUCCGCGCAGCGUAUCAAGACGACGAGCCGACAGUCGGAGAAGGGAAGUCAGUAAGGAAGGCAGAAGCAACAGUCACCGCCGCGACGUAGCGCGGCCGAGGGAGGGAACUUCCUGGGCAGACACUGUCAAGACAACUAGGUCCGAGAGCAAGCAACCCAGUGUGAAUAGUUAUUACGAGAAAAAGAGGCAGGAGGACCUGGCAGCGAUGAAAUCCCUCAAGGACAAAAACGACAAGCUCAAGCGCAGAAUCUCGGAGCAGGAUGAUAUAAUCAAGGAAAUCAAUGCGAAGCUGGCAAUCUUGAUUGGGGAGCGACAGCAACAGGCACCACAACCAGUACCAGAAAAGACGACGGAGACCAUAGUCGAGGACGAAUCAGAGACCGAAGUGGACACCAGAGCCGAUAGGCCAACGGAACCAGUCCCCAAGAGGAGGGCCAUAGAAAGCAUCAGGGAUCGAAAGAUCAUGGAUAAGCUCAAGAGACACGAUGAAAGAUUGGACAGAAUGGAGGAAAUCUGCAAGGACACUAGCGAGCGCCUCACAUCGCUCGAGAAGAACAUGCAGAGUAUGUUGGCGCAACUACAGGUACAGUUACAAGCACAAAUACAAGCGCAGAUACAGAGCAUGGAAGUCGGCAUCAUUACCAAACUCCAACAAUCAUGGACGGGACAGGGCGUGCAGCAACAACCACUCCGCCAGUAA